AAUUGCGAUCGAUCAGUUGGGUUUCGCAGGAGCAACAAAUUGGUUGUUCGAACGGGUUAAACUAAUAAAUAAAUAACAAAGAAACAACAACAAACAUAUAAAAUAAUAAAACAUAUUAAACAAAAAAAAAAAAUAAAUAAAAAAUAAGACGAUCUAAUUAGAAGUUUUAAUGAAAAUAAAACAACAAUAACAAUAAAUAAAUAAAAUAGUAUUGACAAUUUAAAACGGAUACAGCGUGCUGAAAUAAACACACACACAUAUACAGUCACACUCAUGAGCUUUUAAAUAAAACAAAUUGUUUUAUAAAUAAAUAAAAUAAAAACAAUAAAAAUAACAAUUGUGUGUGUUGUGUUGUGUUUGUUGUCUUCUUUUUUAAAUUGCAUGUAAUUAAAUUAAACGCAAUUUAUCGAUUUUUUUGUUUUGUUUUGUUGCUUUAGAAGAGAGUGCAAAUAAUAAAACAACAACUCCAAUAAGAAGAAAAAAAAACAUUUUACAUGAAAAAGAAAGAAAUAACAACAGCAACAACUACAAUCGUUUUAAAAUAAUGUGUAACAGCAAUCCUUUUGUGUUUCUCUUGGUUUUUUUAAGUGAAAUUUUACAAAAAUAAAAAAAAGUUACAAAAAAUCAACAACACAACAGACAACAGAACAAAACAAAGAAGAAGACGACAACAACAAGAAUUGAAUAUUUGGAAUAUUUAAAUGUUUCAUCAUCAUCAUCAUUGAAUUUUCUAGACCACAUUUUGAACAUGUAGUACUUAUAGUUUAAUAACGAUAAAAGGGGCCAAUUAUUUUUGCUAAUAUUUUUGGACAAUAUAAAAAAUGAUCAAUAAAAUAUUGAAAUUUAUAAUUGUCACAUUAUGGUUACUACAGUUACCUUUAAAAGUUCAAACUCGCCAUCACAAUCGCAAUAGCGGUGGGGGUGGAGGUGGUGGCAGAUUCCGAUCAUUACAGUCGCAACAAUUAUCGAAUAUUGAUGUACGAGAUAAAAUACUUGAACUACAAUGUUAUGCCAAGUGUCAUGAAACUUUGAGAGGCAAUAAUAUCGACUAUGAACCCUGUCUAACAAAAUGCCAAAUUGACAUGAUCAAAGCCCCCCGCAGAGGUUACUGUCCAGCCAUGCAAAAUGCCAUCUUUCAAAAUAUCAACGUACAACCGUUACAAAAACUCUCCUGCUUGGACAAUUGCAGUUAUGAUUUUGAUUGUCCCGAAGUGCAAAAAUGUUGCAAUUCAGCCUGUGGACCGGUGUGUAUGCAACCUAUAGGUGUGCGAGACGAUAGUCGGCUACCGCCCAUACCAAAGAUAUUAAAAUGUGGCCUUAUACCGCGUGAACAAAAAGUGGAAAUAACUUUGGAAUCAAAUUCUUCGUAUUAUUUUCACGUAGAGGUGCGUUAUCAUAUUGGCUCGUUGUUAUCGCCGCGUAAAUUGGGCCCUUGGCAAUAUCAGGCAGUGCAAAAAUUAGCAGAAAUUUUAGAUUUGAAUAUAUUGUUAACUACUGUAGCAUUUUACUUGAGACCUGGUCGUUGGUAUCAAGUAAGAGUGGCAGCUAUUAAUGCUUAUGGUUUCAGAGGCUACUCGGAACCUUCACAGGCUUUUACUUUACCUAAUCAUCCAAAACCACCAAAAGCUCCAGCAGAUUUAAAAGUCGUGUCAUCACAUUUGAAUGGUAAACAUGUUAAUAUAAAAAUAGUAUGGUGUGCUUCCAAAUCAAAUCUUCCAAUUGAAAAAUAUAAAAUUAUCUGGUCAUUAUAUGUUAAUAAUGUACGCGAUGAAUCUUUAAUAUCGAAUGAGGCCUUUGUUAAGGAUCGUCAUCAAUUUGAAAUUCCUAAUUUAUUACCAGACUCCAGUUAUUAUAUACAAGUACAGGCCAUGUCUAUUAAUGGCAAAAGACGCUUAAAAUCGGAUAAACACUCUAUACUCUACAAUACCACCAAAUCACCCACUCAAGCCUUUAGUCCAUUAAAAUGUGGCAAAGAACAUCAACUCCUAAGAGAUGGUCUGAGUAAUGCAUUUAAUGAUGAUAGAUAUUAUACGAAAAACAAUUUAUACAACGAUGGUGGUGGUAGUUCAUUAACAUCACUCUCCUCCUCAUCUGCUAUCAGUUCCAUAUCUAGUUCUACGACCAAUUUAAAUAUAAAUAACAAUAAUAGUACUUAUAACUCGAAAGCGGAAAAAUUCGAUGUGAAAUAUCGUCCUAAUCGUAAAUUGGGUAUGUUGGUGAUAAUAUCUGGUCUCUUUACAAGAGAUGAAAAAAUUUAUGAACUUUGUCCCAUUGAAACGAACUGCGGAGAAGGUGAAUACAAUGCAAUACGUGUAAAUAAGGAUUCUUUGGUUUUUAGCAAACUCAGUUACAACACAACCUACAGCUUUAAGCCACGCAGUAACUCUGUAACUUCCGAUGACAAUAUCAAGGGCAUAACAUUUACCACUCCCAAAUGUGAAAUUUUUCGCAAAGGCCAUCCAAAAGCUAAUAUUAAGUGUUAAAACCUAAACAAAAUGAGAUUUUUUACAACAAGAAAAACAAAAGAAAA